CAGUCUAGUGUCAGAUUUCUAAAGGAAAACGAUUCGAAAUGUGUCCGUCAAAAUUAAUUGUGUGUAUACUCCUGAUUUCGGUAAGCGCCGAGUCUGGCUCGGAAUCGCAGGCGAGCCAGCUGCAGGUGUCAUCGAAGCGCAGUCGCAAGGAGCCCAGUCCAGCGGACUUUCAGUUCCUGAUCACCGGCGGCUAUCGGCCGGAGACCAACGACCUGGUCAAGUACACGGUCAUGGUGCAAAUGGGCAAGCCGAAGAAGUUCUUCGGGGACAACCACCACUGCUCGGGCGUGAUCUUCAGUCAGCGGGCCAUUCUCACGGCGGCCCAUUGCAUGUACUACAAGCGGCAAAAGUUGAAGCCCAAGCAGUUGAUGGUCGUUGCGGGGACGCCCAAGAGGCUGGUCAAGGGCGUUACAACGCAAAUUAUGGAAUCCGAGGUGCUGCUGCCGCAUCCCAAGCACAACAAGGAUGCGCACAAGUACGACCUCGGCCUGAUCCUGAUGAAGAAGGAUCUCAGUCUGGGCGCUGCCGUUGCCACUAUAUCCCUGUACAACAAGGCUCCGGUCGCCGGCGUCAAGUGCUCCAUCGUCGGCUGGGGCACGAUCUUUCAGGUCAGCAUUGUCUGCGGAGUAACUAGUGAUACUUUGCGUCCUUAUCCCAUCCCAUCUUUAUCCCAUCCUUUACGCAGUAUGGCCCACUGCCGGAUGAGGCCAUCAACGCCGAUGUGGAGAUACUGCCGGACAACUUCUGCAAGAAGCUGCCGGAAUGGUCCAACGUGGGCAUGCUCUGCGCCCACAACAAGGACAACUCCGAUGUGGACAGCUGCCAGGGCGACUCGGGCGGGCCGCUCAUCUGUGACAACAUGGUCACUGGCAUCGUGUCCUUUGGCAUGGGUUGCGGCGAGCCCAAUUCGGCUGGGGUCUACACCGAUGUCUACCACUUCCGGGAUUGGAUCACCGAGAACUCCUGCCCCCUGGGCACACGACAUGCGUGGACGCUGUUGCUGCUGCUGCUCCUGGUGCUGCUCGGUGAGCCGGCUAGUGCAACUAGUUAACCUGCCAGCCAGCCAGCCAGCCAGCCUGCAAAACCUCCGAGCCUGCAUACGACUAACCAAAAUUGACUAAAACCAGCGGGCAUGACCUGUCAUCCAUGGAUGUGGAUGUGCUUGUGGAUCUGGAUGUGCUUGUGGAUGUGAUGGCAGGCAGCGAAGGCGGUUGCCAAACGAGGCGAUGACGAUGGCGAUGGCGAUGGCGAAUGGCGAAUUGUGGUGCAUGCCGCACCAUUACCCACGCACACGUGCACACAAACGCACUUGCCGUUGGGUUGGCGCACGGUUUAUGGUUACGCUGAUGCAGAUCCGCAGCCACUGUUUGUGACAGCAAUUAUCGCAUCACCACCGACGACCCUGCUCCCCCCUGCUUUCCCCUGCUCCCCCCUGCUCCCCUGGUGGCCGGCCACAGGGCACACGCAUGGCAGCAGGCAGCUGGCAGCAGGCGGCAGGCAGCGAGGACAAUAUGCAACAAUUCGCGCUGGUUAGUUUGGGCACUCGCCAACUGUUGAUUAGGCCAAUUAGCGGCAGCCAAUUGUCGGCCAAUGGUCUGGGACUGCACCUGAUAGCGGCGUGUGGCCUUCUGGAUGCCAGAUGACCAUGGACAACGAGCAACGAGCCCCAAACGAAUCUCGGUUUGAAAUCAGUGCGGAAGCAUGUUGAUUUGUUAUCAGCAAUGCAAUUAGUAAUCCCACACGCACACUCCCAAUCGCUGGCAAAGCGACGGAGAUGGAGGCGGAGAUGGAGACGGAGACGGAGUCCUCAGCCACACAAGUCACGAACGUGUCCCGCACUCAGAGUAGGACCCAGGACCCAGGACCCAGGACCCAGGACCCGUCCAGGCUCCAAGCAAGCUCUGCCUGGCCGCCAGACGACAAAACAAUGCUGAAUUGAUAUGGGACUCCGAGGGACGAGCCCCAGCAGACUACCCCAUCUCGCCCAGAGGCAGCCGACCAGACCAGACUAUGCCAGACCAGAGCAGACCAGACCAGAGCAGAGACAUGCUUACAGACAUUCAAACGACAUUCGCAAUCAGAUUGUGUCUAUGUGUAUGUGUUUAUGUGUGUGUUUCAAGCGCCCAAUUCAAAUCAAAUCAAAUGUUUGACAAACAAGAAUCGGAAUCCGAAUCCCGAAACAAAAUCCAAAUCCGAGUCAGAAGCGUUCAUACCAACUGCAUUUUGCAUUUUCGACAUCAUUUGUUUAUCGCAGCAGACGCACGCCCAACCGCACUUUUUGAUUUUAUUGGCCAUUGGGCGCAUAGUUGAGCUAAUUAUGUAAUUGAAUUGAGCAAAUCAUCCACAUCCGGCCAGCAGCAUGGAUGGAGCUGCUGACUGGGAUUGGGGCUGAGAAGCAGGCGGAAGAACUCAGGACACAACACUUGGAGGGCAAUAAUAACAAAACAUUAGGUGCAAACAAAUAGACAAACAUGCUGGCAAGUUGGACAAAGCCAAGGAUACAAUGUAACUAACGCUUCGAUUGGCGGGACUCGAGUUGAUUGGGAACGCAAUCGAGGAAGGGAUUGCAAAUGGAAUAGGGAUUGGAUCUGUAUUGGGAGUCGGGAUGGGAUGCGAAGGGAUGGGAAUGGAGGCGAAGGUCGCAGCUCGGACACAACAGCAGCAGCAGACAAAGCUGUUCGCAAAGAGGAUAUCAAACAAGAAAUUCUAUUAAAACUUUUUCACUUUCGCCUCGCACCCCAUAUGCCUGGGGGUCGCCGCACAGCUCCUUUGUCCGCAUUCUUAAAGCGCAUUAGCCGCUCCCGUCCACUUCAAGUCGAGUAGGAGGCACAACUGGCCAGGGGACAGGGCGAUGAUAGCUACAGCCACCCGUGCUGGGAGUGGUGGACUCAAGUAUUCCACGGACUCGACCGCUUUGUACCCAUCACUUGAUUUUUACAGAAGGCAAUAUAUGGCGAAAAAUAGUCACAAAAGCCAAAUAAAUACUGUUUUGGGUAGCUAA